GAGACGGGGCCAGUCCGAGGAAAUCAAACGGCCCCGACAUGAAUUAGGCAGCGGCUGCAGAGGGGAGGGCCCCCUGCCCCGCUCGCUCGCUGGUCCCGCACGGCGCCGGCGGGAGCAGCGCCGCCCCGCUUGGAGCGGCGGCUCGGGGCGCGCACGCACACACGGACCGACGGCGGGAAGGCGGGGGGGCCGGCUGAUGAAGAUGGCAAUGUCUGUGAUCCAAGCGUGCCGCAGCCUGGCGCUCUCAACAUGGCUGCUGUCCUUUUGUUUCGUGCAUCUGCUGUGCCUGGACUUCACCGUGGCCGAGAAGGAGGAGUGGUACACGGCCUUCGUCAACAUCACCUACGCCGACCCGGCAGCCGGCAGUCCCGAGCUCCGCAGCGAGAAGAGCGAGUGUGGGCGCUACGGCGAGCAGUCGCCCAAGCAGGACGCCCGGGGGCAGGUGGCCCUCUCCGCCUCGCCCGCCGACCGCUACGCCUGCGACCCCGGCACCCGCUUCAACGCCCCGGCGCCGGGCAAGAGCUGGGUGGCCCUGAUCCCGCGGGGAAACUGCACCUACAAGGACAAGAUCCGCCACGCCGCCGCCCAGAACGCCUCCGCCGUCGUCAUUUAUAACGUGGGCUCCAGCAACGCCAACGAAACCAUCACCAUGCCCCACGCAGGCUUAGAAGAUGUUGUAGCAAUAAUGAUUCCUGAACCCAAAGGAAAAGAGAUAGUGAGCCUCCUGGAGAGGAACAUUACUGUGAUGAUGUACAUAACCAUCGGGACUCGCAACCUGCAGAAGUACGUUAGCCGGACCUCGGUGGUGUUUGUCUCCAUCUCCUUCAUUGUGCUGAUGAUCAUCUCCUUGGCAUGGCUGGUCUUCUACUACAUCCAGAGAUUCCGCUACGCAAAUGCCAGAGACAGAAAUCAGCGCCGGCUUGGAGAUGCUGCGAAGAAAGCAAUCAGCAAGCUGCAAGUCAGGACGAUCAGGAAAGGUGACAAGGAGACUGAGCCAGACUUUGAUAACUGUGCUGUUUGUAUCGAAGGCUACAAGCCCAAUGAUGUUGUCAGGAUAUUGCCUUGCAGGCAUCUUUUCCACAAGUCCUGUGUAGACCCCUGGCUGCUAGACCAUCGUACCUGCCCGAUGUGUAAAAUGAAUAUUCUAAAAGCUCUAGGGAUUCCGCCAAAUGCAGAUUGCAUGGAUGAUAUACCUCCAGACUUGGAAGCAUCCAUAGGAGGACCACCGACCAACCAGAUCACAGGAGCCAGUGACACUACCGUGAAUGAAAGCUCUGUCGCUCUGGAUCCCCCAGCCCGGACUGUGGGACCGCUACAAGUCAUCCAAGACGUAGACUCCUUUCCUCAGGCUGGUGAGAGUAACUUCACAACAAGCAAUGAACAGGAGCCAGCAAUCAGCAGUGAUUCAGAUAUUUCAUUGAUUAUGGCAAUGGAGGUUGGACUCUCCGAUGUGGAGCUUUCCACUGAUCAAGACUGUGAAGAGGUGAAAUCUUGAAAAACAGAGAUCCAACACUAAACUACAGGGGAGGGUCAUGGGUAGGGACUGAGUCAGCUUUCUAGGAUUUGGACCUGUCAUGCAUAUGCCUCCAGAGCACUGUCACUCCUGCGCACUCCAUGCUGAGAUGGUCAUGAAAAGCAAUAGCAACUGUUGUGUCUGCCUGGAUGCAGUUUCAUCAGCUACACACCUUUGUUUGGUUCACAUGGGAGGUGGAGACACUUCCAGUUUACCCACGUGCUUGAGAGCAGUCAUGGAACUCUCCAGGGGCUCAUAAACAUGCAACUGAAAUGACAGCUUGAGUGUUUUUUACACUUGUUCAAUCAAAUUUUUGUUGUGUUUUUUGAAAAGGCAUAUGUUUAUUUUGUUUGUUUGUUUGUUUAUAGUUUGUUAUGGAUGGACACUUUGUUUAUAUUGACUGACCCCAGCUUUUUCAAGAGUUCAGUUCAGAAACCUGAAUUCCCAUUCAUUGGUCACUUCAUGAUCUGACCAAGAUUUAUCAUUGCCUUGUUGUUUCUGCAUGAAUUACAUGUGGCUGGCUUCAGAAGGAUCAUGCACCAGCACCUGCAUUAAUGUAACACCUGCCUUCAUUAAGUGGCAGGCUUGGAAAUGGUAUAUUCUGAAGGCUUUUAUUUGUGAGAGAGGUCUGAAUUAGCAGAAAUUUGGGCUAAAAUGGCAUUAGUUUGUCUCUUAAAUUUCUGUUCUAGAUGAGUAUUGUACAGUGUGAAGGAGAGAAAGAAGAGCUUAAAGCAUCAGUCUAUCCAUGUAGUCCUAUCCUGUAUUUUAUGCUAUUCACAGGUGUCAGUACAUUCGUGUUCUUCCUCCAAGUGACAAUUCAGUAGCUGGAAAAAAAGAUCUAACAUAACAUCACUUCUUAAUUUUACAGACCAAAACCAGAUCAGUGGGCUAAAGGAGCAUCUGAGAGGUUUCCAGAGGCUGCUUAUUAACAGUUCCGCAAUAAGCGGGUGACAGUAUUCUCACAAAGGGUCUGGAGAUGCUGCUGUCAGUGUCAGAAAUUGCUAAGGGAGCAAGAGGCAACCAUUUGAAAUGUUUAAUUCCUGUUUUGCUUUGGGUCUUUUCUCUUAGUGUGUUUCAUUUCUCAUAUUUUGACAGCAGUUUUUGUCUGCUUGUUAUCUAAAAAGAGUUCAGGUAGUUUGUUGCCCUCCAGAGUGUCCCUGUCAAUGUUUUCAGAAGCAUAACAGAAUAUUUGCGAUUUGUGUACAGAUACAUACACCAAAAUAUAUUGUGGAGGGAAUUUGGGGAGGGAAUUGGAAAAUAAAAGAACUAAUAUAAAUCAAAACACCUAAAUAAUAAUGACCUGACAUAAUAAUUUAUUUCAUCCUGAGCUCUGCUUUCCAGGUAAGAGCUCAUUGUUAAUUGUUCAGUGUGUAAUUUGGUUUUUCAGUCAAAAUACUCAAAUGUGAAGAAGCUUACUGUUACACAAGAAUACAUAGUUUCUGUUGAGAGUCAGAUGAUUUGAAUCACAUUACUGCCUCCUGAGUCAGUCCACAGAAUCAACAAUUCAUCUUACAUUGAAAUUUUGUGCAGAGGUCAAACAUUUUGAUUUGGCAGUGUCAUGGCAGCAUCUCAAAAUGCAACAGUUGGGGCUCACUGCAUUUAAUCUCUUCGUGGAUUUACUUGUUAAAUGUGAAAACCAGCUUCUAGCCAAAAUUUUUGUUUGUCAGAUUUUAUUCAGGAACAAAUGUGUUUAUCCCUAAUCUUCAUUAUAAAAAGAAGGAAAAAAUAUUCUCCAUGCUCUUCUGUCCAUUUAGAACUAAUUAAACAUUUAGUUUAAUUUUGUUUUAUGUUCUUUGUCCCUAAAUUGCAGGGUAAUCUUGAGGUAAAGGUUUUAAACUGAAAGAGGGCAGAUUUAGAUUAGAUAUUAGAAAUAAACUAUUACUGUGAGGCUGGUGAGGCACUGGAAGGGGUUGCCCAGAGAAGCUGUGGAUGCCCCAUCCCUGGAAGUGUUCAAGGCCAGGUUGGAUGGAGCUCUGAGCUACUUGGUCUAGGGAAAGAUGUCCCUGGCUGUUGCAGUUCCUUUGGGGGCGCUCCCCAGGGAGUCCCCAGCGGGCCCCCUAGGCUGUGAGUUCGCUGGCAGCAGCAGGCAGGCAAGGAGACUCCACAUGGCUUCUGAGGGUGCUGAUUAGAUGAGGGUUUAUUUGGGGUUCUACCCCCGGGAGCAGCAUGGCUACUGAGGGGGGAAAGGGGAGGGAGGGGGAGAGAGGGGGAGCCUAGGGGAGGGAAGGGCCAAGAAGGCAUCUGUUCUCCCUUGCACAGUUUAACAGGGAGAUUCAAAGUGGGCACGGAAUAAGACUUGGGCCAGUGGGAUUACAGAUACAUGAUACUUCAGGGGAGGUUCACAGGCUUGGAAUAAACCAUACAUUUUCGAGAGGUGAGACAGAGCAUACCAUUUAACUAAAAUGCAACACCACACCUGGCCAUGGCAGAGGGUUUGGAACUAGGUGAUCUAUAAGGUCCUUUCCAACCCAAGCUAUUCAGUGAUUCUGUGAAAAUGACUCAUAAAUGUGCUGUUACAUCUUUAGAAGCUGUUGGAAUUAAAAUAUUUUUUCAAUUAAAGAGAUAGAGGCAGCUGGAAUUAUUGGUUAAAAAAGAAAGUUGCAGAUUGUUCCAGAGGGUACACUAGGUUAGUCUUGACAAUAUUUGUGGUUCUGUAAUCUUGUUUUCUUCAUUCUUUUGUGCCUGCUCUAUUCCUUGCUGCUGUGGAGAAGGCCUGACACAUCAAUGUUGAAAUUGAUCCCUACACACGAGAGUUUGCACAAGGUACUGCAUCAGCUCCAAUUAAGCUCUGUAAAUAAUGCUGAAAUCAGAUUUAAGUGGUGCUUACAUCAAAUUUUGACCCAGGAAUGAAAUUAAUUUCAAACAACUGCAGGGGAAGGAGUGAGGCUGGUUAUAUACAGUCAGGGCUCCUUACAGAAAGUCCACACACUGGUACAAUUUCUUCUGCAGCACUGGAGCCUGGGUGGUACAUGUCACAGGACAAACAUGAUGUCCAAGUUAUCAGUGAUCCUUUCACAUAUGCACACUGUAGCUCAGCACACAGGCAGAGAACUCCUGGCCAAACUGCUUGGAUUUCAGAGGAGCUGUCACAAAGUCUUCAUUUUAUUUCAUGAACUGAAUUAAGUUCAUCUCAAUGGAUAGAUUGACCAAUUAGCUGUUGCUGUAGCAGAACCACCCAGGGCACAGCAGAGCAAUCAAAGUCUGUGGAAAAGCAAGGCAGGAGGGAAAACUCCCAGCUGAUACUGAGCUGGGUCCUUUGCCCAGGAAAAUCAUUAAAGGGACCUGUGCUCAAAAAGGCAUCACAGAUUUGGUAAUUCAGAACCUGCAUGUCUUUCUGAGAGUUAAUAAGGAACUUUAUAGAGGUCUUGUGCUGUGCACACACUUUUCCUAAAUAUCCCAUGUUAGAUCAGGUCCCUCAGGGUCCACAGGUGGCCACUGGCAGAGGCAGGGUGCCAGGCUGGGUGAGUGUUUUUGACAUAUCACCAAUUACUGAUACGCCUUUUAGAAGAGGCAUCCUAGCAAAUCUGGGUCAGGAGUCUUUCUGCUUUUGUUUUCCCAGUUCUACCUGCAGCUUCAUUCAGGGAAGAUGUUGUUCCAUUCCUGUCCUCAGGUGUUCUGCAGAUCUGAGCACUGUUAAGUGAUGAUAAGGGCAAAGCUGGGUUACACAUCACUGAAGCCUGUACUUAGGAAAGCACUUAAGUAAAUGUUUUAUUCCGUCCUUCUUAAAAAAACCCACACUUAAUUUUGGACUUGCACCAAAAUUGCAUUAUUUUCAACAGGUCUUCUAUGAGCAUAAUUAAGCCCCUGUGUCAAAAAGAAAUGUUUUCCUGAAGCUUGACCUGACUGAAAAUAUCCUUUGCAUGUAUAACCUGUGAACUGCCUUGGGAAUUUGAGGUGCUUCGUAAACAUUAAAGAGCCCCUAAUGUGUGUUUGUAACACGUAUGAAAGCCUUAAUUCUGUAUAUCUGCAAGCCCAUGCACACCUUGGUACUGCUGCCCGCUAAGCCUGGGCUUUAAGUAGGUGGGGCUCAGCUGCUGGGGAUGCAGUACUGGCUGUUCAGAAGGGAGAGCAGCCUUUAGCAUGCAGCCAGGAAAGAACAAAGUCCUCUAGAGCCCCUUGACAAGCAAGUGUUCAUGGAUACAAUUCUGCAGGCUGGCACCAUGACUGAGUGGGGGGCCUCUCCUGCACAGGGGCAGUGGCCACGAGAUUGUGUGGGCUCCCAGGUAAAGGUACUCCUGUCAUUAAGUUCCUGUGCUUCUCCCAGCAAUUCCUGCCUUGUCAUCUGAAGCACUUUUCUUUUCCAUGAGCAAGUGGUAGGUGGGAGAAACAUUUGCCUUAGUGAGGCUCAUCAUCACUCAGGCUGGGUUGCAGGAUAAAACCUGGUGAGACAGAAACUGCACUCAGAGUGUACCUGGAUUUUCUUGGGUUCCACUAUGCUGCCUUCCCAAAGGUCUGUUCAAUAGGUAGUAUGCAUAGGCAGAAUUUUGCACUCACAAAUGACCUGAUGUGUGCAUGCAGAUGUGCAAGGCAUCAGGUCUACAUCCCCUCCCCACAGCUCACCUAUUCUGGUGGUGAUACAGAUAUGGCACUUACUGAGGGUUUGGGUUUUUUUAUUUUCUGACUGCUUAGAGCCCCAAAACCAGGAUCAGGACUAUCAUAGCACUGCAGUUCAUUCUUUAAGCACUCUAUAGAAUUAAAUUGACAUGUAUGCUUUAAAAGUGCAUUGAUGUGAGUAUGUACUGUUGUGAAAUCAGAAGCAGUUGUCAUUUUUAGGCCUUUUAUUUGAGGGAAAUUGUGGCACAAGGAAAAAGGCUUUAUGGAGGCAAUGUGGAAAAAGAAACUAUUGAAAUCACAUAUGAUAAGUGGUCCCUUGGAUUUCACUAAUGACCUCUGGAUCAAAUCCCAAGGAAGUCAUUGGAAGAAGAGCACUGAUGUUGGGGUGCAUCCAUUUCACAGGACUAAAAUGGCAGAGAAAUCCAGACUGUUCCUUUCCAGCCUGUCUCACAAGUGUUUGUACAAGGGUGAACAUUUGUUGCAGGGGAAGGAGAUCAUGGGAUCAAACUUGCACAGUGCUGCUUCCUCUCCUGUGUUUUGUGCUGCCAGUAUCUCUUGGAGCAGGUUGGAGAGGGGAAGGGAGCUUGCCCAAGUUCAGCUCCAGGGCUUGGAGAAAAGCAGGUCAUGGGCUUCCAGCAGGUUGGGGACAGCCAAGCUUCUUCGUGGCUAGUGGUGACCCUGGGACUGGAACUUUGUUGAUGAACACUGAGCCCAUGCAGACUCAUUUGUUUUGUAGAUGUAAAAAUGUGUGAGAGUAUUUGGCACAGGCAGCAUGACGGCAGUGAAUCGGCUUGGUUAGCGUGAGCAGGAAACACAACGUAGAGUAGUUUAGGGCUGAGGGAAAACGAGGCUGGAGGUGUUCACAGCUUCUUAAAUAGGGGAAGCUUUCACAGGCUUCUUAAAUAGGGGAAAUUGAUCCAAAAUAAGCACUGCUUUCAUUUUACCAAGCUGUUACCUGAACUAAUUGAUAGUUUCGGAGAAUGAGGAAUGUCAGAUGGACUGUUCAGGGAGAAUUUGUUUGUGAAACAGAUGGCAGCUGCAGGUUGGGACAGAGAGUGAGGGCAAGGGUGAGGGCUGCCCCUCUGCUGUGCCACUUACCCCGCUGGGCUGGACGCUCACUUGGCCCCUUUAUCUGCCCAUUUCUUUUUCAAGGAAACACCCUUCUAAGCAGGAGCUCUAUUUCAAAGGGAGAAAUAAAGAAAUGAAAGAUGUGAAUGUUGAAUGAAAAGCCAAUGUAUGAUUUUUCCAUCUGAAAUUAAUUUUGUCUCUCUCAAACAUUUUAAUUGUGAAUUGGUGGAAGUUAUUUCUUUCUGUAGUGAAUGGCAAAAGAAAUGAGAGAAAAAAAAGGAGUAAUAGUGUUUUCCCUUUCUUGUGUAUUUCUUGAUUCUUUGUCCUGAGUAGCAUUAAACACAAUAGCCAGGUCAAGAUGCUUGUUUGCUCUGAAUGUAUACAGUUAUUUCAGAUGUCAAAUAUCUAAAUGUUUUGUAUAUGUAUGUAAUGCCAUCCACAAUACUUGUUUCAUAGUAGGAACCUGAAAUGAUUGUACCAUUUUAUAAUCAGAUAUGUAAAGAGGGGACAGUGGGUGGGAGGGUCUGUUAUUUUUAUACCAAGAUGUUCCUUGUCUUUAGUGAACAUUUAAAACGGUUUUGUACUUGUCAAAAUAUACAUUCCAUCCAUUUCCAGAAGAGAAUUAUUUCUAUUUAGAGUAGUUUAUAAGCAAACCAAAAAAAAAAAAAAAAAAAAAAAAAAAAAAAAAAAAAGGUGGCAUCCCACUUAUAUGCAGUUCCUGAACAAAGCAGCAGUAUCCUGGUUUUCAGUGAUAGUUACAAAGCUAGCCAUGUCACUUCUCAAAUGCAGCAGAGCUAUACCAGCAAAUGCCAGUGUUAAAAAGGGAAUUAAAAUCCCGACUGAAGUAAAUACCACAUGGAUCAGUGCACAGCUUAACAAAAUAAGUUCAUUAAGUUGAGAGACAAUGGUCUGUCCCAGUGGAAUUCUCUAAAGUAAUCAGCCCUGCUCUGGACAGCAGGAGCAGAUUUACCAGGAGGCUUCAGCUCUCUGUCCCUGCCUGGCAGAGCCAGCAGGCUCAGCAAGCUGGGGGGAUGCUGGGUUGUUACACUUCUGCACUGUGGCUCUGGCUAUGCUGCAGCUUUGGUUUGGGAAAUACCUACCCAAAGGUUAUGGCAAAGUCAUACUGUGGCAUUUGCAUGGGCCAUCCUUUUUCUUGUAGUUGGCUUUUUCAUUCCCUCCCUUUCCCCGCUACCUGUGAUGUGCUGCCAAAGCUGUGCAGUAGCAGUUUGUGAAGAUUUUUUUUGCCUUUUUCCUUCUGUACAGUCUUGCAAAUAAACUUUUAACUCUUUGCUGACAUUCUAUAAUGUAUACAUCUUCCUCUCCAAUGCACUUUAUUUCUCUUGAAAAAUGUUGGAGUUGGAGAGCUACCAUUUUAAAGGGAUUUGCCUGAAAUCAUGAGACACAUACUUUUUAUUAUUUUGUGUCCUUUUUGCUUUGUUAGAUACUGUAAAUGCUAAAGAGCAUAGACAGUGACUCAGCUGGGGGAAAUGCCGAAAUGUUGAGGCUAAUAUUUGGAAGCAUUAAUCAGUAGUUCAACAUGGCUAUUUUUGUUAAAUAGAGGAUUAUAAUGUAAAUAUGUGAGACUGUGUUAUUACGUACUAGUAAAAUAUUGCAAUUCUCAAAGUUGA